CCCUCAGCCAAGCCCCCCUACCUGUCCCUGUGUAGCCCCCAGCCCUCCCACCUGUCCCUGUGUAGCCCUCAGCCCUCCCACCUGUCCCUGUGUAGCCCUCAGCCCUCCUACCUGUCACUAUGUAGCCCUCAGCCCUCCCACCUGUCCCUGUGUAGCCCUCAGCCCUCCUACCUGUCCCUGUGUAGCCCUCAGCCCUCCCACCUGUCCCUGUGUAGCCCUCAGCCCUCCCACCUGUCACUGAGUAGCCCUCAACCCUCCUACCUGUCCCUGUGUAGCCCUCAGCCAAGCCCCCCUACCUGUCCCUGUGUAGCCCUCAGCCCUCCUACCUGUCCCUGUGUAGCCCUCAGCCCUCCCACCUGUCACUGAGUAGCCCUCAACCCAGCCCUCCUACCUGUCCCUGUGUAGCCCUCAGCCCUCCUACCUGUCCCUGUGUAGCCCUCAGCCCUCCCACCUGUCACUGAGUAGCCCUCAACCCAGCCCUCCUACCUGUCCCUGUGUAGCCCUCAGCCCUCCUACCUGUCCCUGUGUAGCCCUCAGCCCUCCCACCUGUCCCUGUGUAGCCCUCAGCCCUCCCACCUGUCCCUGUGUAGCCCCCAGCCCUCCUACCUGUCCCUGUGUAGCCCUCAGCCCUCCCACCUGUCACUGAGUAGCCCUCAGCCCUCCCACCUGUCACUGUGUAGCCCUCAACCCUCCCACCUGUCCCUGUGUAGCCCUCAGCCCUCCCACCUGUCCCUGUGUAGCCCUCAGCCCUCCUACCUGUCCCUGUGUAGCCCUCAGCCCUCCUACCUGUCCCUGUGUAGCCCUCAGCCCUCCCACCUGUCCCUGUGUAGCCCUCAGCCCUCCUACCUGUCCCUGUGUAGCCCUCAGCCCUCCUACCUGUCCCUGUGUAGCCCUCAGCCCUCCUACCUGUCCCUGUGUAGCCCUCAGCCCUCCUACCUGUCACUGUGUAGCCCUCAGCCCUCCUACCUGUCCCUGUGUAGCCCUCAGCCCUCCUACCUGUCACUAUGUAGCCCUCAGCCCUCCUACCUGUCCCUGUGUAGCCCCCAGCCCUCCUACCUGUCCCUGUGUAGCCCUCAGCCCCCCUACCUGUCCCUGUGUAGCCCUCAGCCCUCCCACCUGUCACUGUGUAGCCCUCAGCCCUCCUACCUGUCCCUGUGUUGCCCUCAGCCCUCCUACCUGUCCCUGUGUAGCCCUCAGCCCUCCCACCUGUCACUGUGUAGCCCUCAGCCCUCCUACCUGUCACUAUGUAGCCCUCAACCCAGCCCUCCUACCUGUCCCUGUGUAGCCCUCAGCCCUCCUACCUGUCCCUGUGUAGCCCUCAGCCCUCCCACCUGUCCCUGUGUUGCCCUCAGCUGCUGUCACAAUAAAGAGCUGUAUACUCAGUUACAUACUGUAGCUCAAUUGGUAGAGCAUGGCGCUUGCAACGCCAGGGUUGUGGGUUCGAUUCCCACCGGGGGCCAGUAUGAAAAAUGUAUGCACUCACUAACUGUAAGUCGCUCUGGAUAAGAGUGUCUGCUAAAAUGACUAAAAUGUAAAUGUAUACUGACAAUAAAGCGCUGAAUACUGACAAUAAGGAGCUGUAUACUGACAAUAAAGAGCUGUAUACUGACAAUAAAGAGCUGUAUACUGACAAUAAGGAGCUGUAUACUGACAAUAAGGAGCUGUAUACUGACAAUAAGGAGCUGUAUACUGACAAUAAGGAGCUGAAUACUGACAAUAAGGAGCUGAAUACUGACAAUAAGGAGCUGUAUACUGACAAUAAGGAGCUGAAUACUGACAAUAAGGAGCUGUAUACUGACAAUAAGGAGCUGUAUACUGACAAUAAGGAGCUGUAUACUGACAAUAAGGAGCUGUAUCCUGACAAUAAGGAGCUGUAUACUGACAAUAAGGAGCUGAAUACUGACAAUAAGGAGCUGUAUACUGACAAUAAGGAGCUGUAUACUGACGGGGUCAGAUGCUGUCACAAUAAAUAAUUAUAUACUGACAAUAAAGAGCUGUAUGCUGACAAUAAAGAGCUGUAUACUGACAAUAAGGAGCUGUAUCCUGACAAUAAGGAGCUGUAUACUGACAAUAAAGAGCUGUAUACUGACAAUAAGGAGCUGUAUACUGACAAUAAGGAGCUGUAUACUGACAAUAAAGAGCUGUAUACUGACAAUAAGGAGCUGUAUCCUGACAAUAAGUAG